AUAUGCAACAAGUUUGUUUUCAAAGAGAAUUGGCGCGAAAGCUCUCUCUUCGUUUUUAUUGGCUUUCGGAAGUGAUGAUGUCACAAAACACCUAGCUUUCAAAGGACUAUCCAAUUUCAUUUAUUUUUUAGUUUGAGUAUGGUGCUGGUCAGGCCGAGAAUAGUUUUGAAGUUUGCGUUCUGCUAUAAUAGAAUUUUAUAACAUAUUUAUUUAUUUUUUGGUACACAAAAAGCGCAAAAUGCCUUCGAAUUGCUUUUUUGAGUUUGAUCGUCCUGAUCUUAUUUUCUAUAGUGGAGAAACGAUAAAUGGACGGAUCACUCUGAUAACAACGUCUGAAAAAUCCGUGAACCUGGUUUACGUACUCUUCGAGGGGGAGGCGAAGGUGCAUUGGGGAGAAAGCAGGACUUCGACCGUAAACGGCCAGACGCAGCAGUACACGCAGCACUUCCGGGGAAAACAGACGUACGUGACCACUCGAACCAACGUCUUUGGAUCCGGAAGCUUCCCAGCCGGUACCCACACCUACUCCUUCAGUAUUCCCCUGCCGCCGGACUGCCCCUCCUCGGUGGUGGGGCAGUAUGGAAAGAUCAGCUACGAAAUCUCCCUGGUGGUCGAUCGCCAUUGGCGUUUCAACAACGUCUUCAAAAAGUCGCUGACGGUACUGCAAGCCUACAACCUCAACAUGAGUCCUCAAUUGAUGAUUCCUUUGAUGCGAGAGGACAUCAAGCACUUCUGCUGCUGGCCCUGCAGAUCGGGCCCAGUUCUCUCCACCCUCACAAUACCCUUCGGCGGGUACGCACCCGGCCAGAGAAUCCGCUUCACCCUGGAAAUCGAUAACCAAUCGAGUAGUUACGAUCUGGACGACAUCGAAGUGAAGCUUAAGCAGAUCUACACGUUCCAGGCUCAAGCCCCGCGAAAGAAAACGCGAGAAAAGGAGCACAGCCUGAGUCAGAGCUGUCAGGAGGAACGGGUGUUGCGACUAUCAAAAAAGCUAAUCAAUUAUACCCUGGCCAUUCCAUCGGUUCCCCCUUCAACCCGCACCCAAGAUCACAUCAUAACGGUAAGCUAUCGGGUGAUCGUCUCGCUGAAGAUGGGCCGCUUCCACGUGGACUCGGACCUCGCGGUGCCCAUUGUCAUUGGCACCAUUCCAUUGGUCCAGAGCACUGAGAAUCCGUCCCGCGCUGCAGAGUGGACACCCGAAACACCGAAUACUCCGGCAGGGGCUGCCGCUGACCUGCCUCCCAGCUACGAGAAGUGCAAACCACCGACUUUCGAGGAGGCCACCAAUUUCGGGGAGAGGUUUAUCGACAUCGACGCGGACGAGCACAAUCGCACGGAUGAUUUCAUUCCUCGUUAUCCGAUGUACACAGACUUUGCCAUGCCAUCGGCGCCCCCACAUCCUGGCGAAGCAAGUUCUUAUCCUCAUCGACACGUUCCUGUUUUGUCCCUACCUUACAAUACUACUUCCCCACCGAAUGAAGGGAGCUCCACCAAUCGGUUUGCACCCUCCUACGGCUGGAAUUCGCACUCAUAGACU